UCUUCUGAAGCAAUUUACCAUACACGCGUUUAACCAUUUAAAACAUUGACCUACGUUUGUUACUUCAUUGCAGUUAUCAUUUAAGCAAGAACUAUUUAAUAAUAAUGUGUGGGAAAACAAAAUUGGUCGUUUUGGUAAUAGUUCAAAUCGCAAUGACCCGAAUAUGUUCUGCCGAGGGGGAAAACUUGACAUAUAUAGCUCAGGUAUUAGACAAGGUGGUUCGACUAGAGGUGAAGGUUAAGGAGUUAGAGAAGGAUAUGAAGAAAACAAAUGCUGAUACUAAAGAUGUCUUGGAAAAUGUGAACAAUGUGUUGGAUAACAAAACAGCAGAGCUUGAGCUCUUACAAGAUAGAGAUUAUACACCAAUCAUUGCGUUUAAUGCAUACAGUCCAGUUGAUAAGAGUUUAGAUACCAGUCAGAUCCUGAUACUUCAAACGGUCCGGCUGAAAAUGAAGGGUAACGAUAUGAUAACGUCUGGGCGUGUUCACUGCUCCUGUAAAAACCGGGCUCUAUUUCCUUUUGUAGCACAUAUGUGCAACUACGCAGGACGAG